AUGUAUUGCUGUUCAAACAUUAAUAUUGAAGACGGGGACGGUUUACCUUCCUAUGUGUGUAAAAGAUGUGAAAAUAAACUGAAUGCUUGCUACCACUUUGUAUUAAAAUGUGAAGAAUCCGAUAAGCAACUUCGCUCGCAGUCAUUUCUUAGAAUUUCGCAGGUCAUAGAAAAAAUUGACGACUAUGUAUCGGAUGUAAAAACAGAACUGAAAAGCCUAAGUGACGAUGACAAUACCUAUGAGAACCUCCUCAGUGAUGAUGUACCUCUCGAAGAACUACGUCAAGACGCAGCUGCUGUGAAGUUCAAACACUCUAAAGUAGAACACAAAUUAGUAGAAAAACGUAAAUCUUAUAAAAGGAGAACCAAAUGUCGAAGUAGAGGAGUGGUAAAAUGUGCCGUGUGUGGCAGACAGUGCACCAACCAGUCGGCUUUAGAUACACACAUGAGGUCUCACACCAACGUAUAUUCCUACCCAUGUUCCUUAUGUGAUAAAAAAUACAAAGACAGCGGUAACUUAAAGCGUCACAUGAAUAGAAAUCAUUCAGAACAUAGGCAACGUAAUUUCAUAUGUGAGAGUUGUGGUAAAGGUUUCUUCAGUAAAAGCGAUGUUAAUGUUCACAUGCGGACUCACACUGGCGAAACACCCUAUGCAUGUACAGAGUGCUCUGCUAGAUUUACACAAUUAGGAGCAAUGCUAAGACAUAAAAAACGACAUUCAGGUGAGAAGGACCAUUUGUGUUCAACUUGUUCCAAAAGAUUCUGUACUAAACAAGAACUUAAGAUGCAUUAUGCGGUGCACUCGACUGAGAAAAAAUUCAUUUGCUUGUUUUGCAAUACAUCAUUCAAGUAUCAAUCUAAUUUAACGAAACACAAAAGACUGCACUCGGAAUCCCACAGCUUUAUUUGUAACUACUGUGGACGCAAUUUCAAGUUUAAAGGUAACUUGAAGUUACAUAUAAAUAAGCAACACUCGGAGAAAUCAGGAUACUGUGAAUUGUGUUCAAGGCAUGCGGCUAACCUCGAAGCUCAUAUGUGGAGACAUACUGGUGAGCGACCGUUAAAAUGUGAGCUAUGUACGAGUAGCUUCUUUGAACUAAAGGCACUCGCUCGCCAUAUCAAUUUUAAACACACAAAGACAGAUAAGUACAAAUGUAAAGUUGAAGGCUGCUCAAUGGUAUUUCCUUCCCGACCCAUGCUUGACUUCCACAUAGCUAAACUGCACGGUACACAUAUCCCGUUUCCAUGUGACCGUUGUACAAGAGCAUUUUAUAGGAAGAAUGAUCUUGCUAGACAUAAAAUUGGCACUCAUAAGGAGAGACUUGCAUAA